CGCUUUUUAUUUCUUCCUGAUUUUUUCUCUCUCCUUUCGCGUCAACGUCAUUUGGUGGUAAAGAGAGUUGGGAAAAACGACGCGCGAGAUUUCGAUGAGAGUUGCAGGACAAUCUAUGCGUCCAACCAGGCGAAGAUAACGCUUCUUCCUCCUGGUUUUAUUAAAUCUGUCUGAGUUUGGGGUUUCGCUUGGAGAUAUUUUCUGGUUUUGAUUUGAUUGGGAGAAGCUUGCGUGUCGGAACGGAAGAUGUCACACUCACAGAGCGAUACCAUACCACUCCACCCUUCUUCCCAGUCUGAUAUUGAUGAGAUCGAGAACCUUAUUAAUGCUAGUGUCCAGUCUGGACCUGCUACAGUGCUCCCUGCGAGACCGCCGAGUCCUCCCAGAGCUUCCAUUCCUGUUUCUUCAUCUCCGUUUAUAGCGUCCAAUCUUCCUCCUCCUCCUCUUCCUCCACAACAGAAGACUUCUAAUGCUCCUGUUCUUCCUGCCUUGCCUCCUCCCAAUUCUCAGUCGAGCACUCGCCAAAAUAUCUCUCCAAGUGGGUUUGGUUCGCCCCCCAACACCUUGACAGAGCCUGUGUGGGAUACUGUGAAGAGAGAUUUGUCUCGGAUUGUUAGCAAUUUGAAGCUAGUGGUGUUCCCUAAUCCAUUUCGUGAAGACCCUGGGAAAGCUUUGCGGGAUUGGGAUCUUUGGGGACCCUUUUUCUUCAUUGUCUUCCUUGGUCUUAUUUUGUCUUGGUCGGCAUCUGUGAAGAAGUCUGAGGUUUUUGCAGUUGCUUUUGCACUCCUUGCUGCUGGUGCUAUAAUUCUGACACUGAAUGUUCUACUCCUGGGUGGGCAUAUAAUCUUCUUCCAGAGUCUAAGCCUUCUUGGUUACUGCCUGUUCCCUCUUGAUGUUGGAGCCCUGAUUUGCAUGCUGAAGAACAAUGUGAUUAUAAAGGUGGUUGUGGUUUCUGUAACAUUGGCAUGGAGCUCCUGGGCUGCAUAUCCAUUUAUGAGUUCAGCAGUCAACCCUAGGAGAAAGGCCUUGGCACUUUAUCCUGUCUUGCUGAUGUAUGUAUCUGUUGGCUUUCUGAUAAUUGCCAUUGACUGAGGCAUUAAGGUGGGCACUGAUCAUUUCAACCGUUGAAGUUGAUAUGAUGAUUUUUUUUUGCUUCCCCAUGUGUGAUUAAUUGAUUUUGGUUCCAAUUAUAUAUUGACCUACUUGAAGUUGGUUGACUUUAAAUUGAAUUGUCAUCUUACAUA